AUGGCCGGCAUGACCAAUCAUGCGUAUGAUGAUCAAGAUCUCGCAACUUCAACCAACAACGACAAUAACAACGCAACUCGGCUCGACUUGACUCUGCUCAAUCGACUCUCUUCACCAUCUUCAAAAUGCAGUUUAAGCCCUGACCGCACGAGGAAAAUCACUCUAAGCUCUUUACUUACACAGUAUCUUCUAGUCACUUCCACCCUCAUCGCCCUUCUUGGCGCCAUCUCCAUCGUUAAGUCCCAACCGCUUACUGUGGAAGAAAAGGCGAUGUACGAGGAGAAAAGCAAAGCUCUGGUUAAGAAGCCUUUCCCCAACGGACAGCCAGCUAUCAAACCAGCCCAAUAG